CUCAUACCAUAAGUAAACAGAGAAAGGAGCCCAACGGAACCCAUACGAUUGAGUGAGGCCGAAUCCACAGCCAGCUGAAGGCUAACCCGCCCAUGGCGUCGGCUAUCAUGAGGCGAACAAGCUCGGCCGUGGUCGGAGCUCUGUCGGCGGUGACGGCGAGGACCUACGCGUCGGUCGCAGUGGGAACCGACUUAGUCUCGGCCGCGCCGGAUGUUUCCCUCCAGAAGGCGCGAAGUUGGGACGAGGGCGUGUCUUCCAAGUUCUCCACCACUCCUCUCGAGGACAUCUUCAAGGGAAGGAAGGUUGUCAUCUUUGGGCUCCCUGGUGCAUAUACGGGAGUUUGUUCACAGCAGCAUGUUCCGAGUUACAAGGAUAAUAUUGAUAAGUUCAAGGCAAAAGGCAUUGAAUCAGUAAUUUGUGUAGCUGUGAAUGAUCCAUAUGUUCUCAAUGGCUGGGCAGAGAAACUUCAAGCCAAAGAUGCUAUUGAGUUCUAUGGAGAUUUUGAUGGGAAAUUCCAUAAGUGCCUGGACUUGACCAAAGAUCUUUCAGGAGCUUUGCUUGGACUUCGCUCGGAAAGAUGGUCAGCAUAUGUAGAAGAUGGGAAAGUCAAAGUUCUAAAUGUGGAGGAAGCCCCAUCUGAUUUCAAGGUUUCAGGAGGCGAAGUUAUUCUGGGUCAGAUCUAAAUGCCGAUCUGUUCGGUGUCUCUAAGACAAGUGAAUCAGUAAUCAAUAAGACAUACCUGAUCGGAGUACCUUUUUUGCGUACUUGGAGUCGAUAGUCUUCGAUUACUCCUUUGUUUAUGUAUAUGAUAAUCUCCUGUUUUGUUAAUACUGGAGUAUGAAUUGCUUGUGUAGCUUGCCCAUCUUCUUGAUAAUUUACUUCAUAACAAUGUCAGUUGAAUUUGUCUUGAGUGAGGUGAUUGAGUUUCCCUUUAUCUUA